CGCAAACCCUCUUCCAAUCCAUGGCGGACUCGGAGUUGGGGAGGUGAUCCAAUCCUUCUUCUUCCUGCUCCUCGUCGGCCAUGGAGGUCAUCGCUCCGACCUCUCUCCGCUACUCUCCCCUACCACAAGCCCCAUCUCGGUCAAGAUCACUAUCCUCCUCCAUAUCCUGCAAAUCUUCCAUCCCUCGCAACUCCGCCAACGCGCCAAGAGAGGAUCCCGAGGAGGAAGCUAAGAAGCAUUGCUCCCGUCUGGUCCAGGUCUCUGCGACCCUCACUGUGAUUGCCGCCUCGCUCCCCCCGGCUCCUGCUGACGCCAGAGUCGCAGAGAAGAAGUCUAGGGCGAAGCGCCAGGCCGAGGCCCUCUCCCCCGAGGAGAUCGGGCAGUGGUCCCGCGGCCUUCCCACGGUCGGAGAGCGCAUCCCGUACACGGAAAUUUUGAACUUUAAGGAGGAGGGGAAGCUGCUGCACGUCGUGAAGCCACCUUCGGUCAGCCUGAGGCAGUGGCCGGAAGCGGUGCUCGUUGUGCUUGAUGAUUCUAGGGUUCUUCGGACGGUGCUGCCGACGGAGGAGAGGGAUGAGAGGUUUUGGGAGUCGUGGGAUCGGUUAAAGUUGGAUUCUUUUUGCGUCAAUGCUUAUACCCCUCCCGUCCGAAAGGCUAAGCUCCCCACCUCCUACUUGGGAUGGUUGGCCAAGGUUCCUGAUUACUUUAGGUCGACCGUAAAACCGAAGCCCAAGUCUAAGCGUUCGUUGGAACUUGAGAAUGCCAGGAAGGAACUGGCUGAAAAGCGGAGGGCCGAGUUGGCCAGAGUGAGGCAGGAGAGAGAGGCCAUGGUGAAGGCUAUUAAAGCGCACAAAAAGGCAGAGGUAAGAAAAAAAAGGCUGGAAAUUAAGAAGGCCAAGUACGAGGAAUCGCUUCGCCAGGCAAGGGAGAAUUAUCAGCAGAUGGCAUAUAUGUGGGCAACUAUGGCAAGGGACAAGAAUGUCGUCACUGCUGCUGGUUUCUUUAUAUUUUUCAUCUUCUAUAGGACUGUUGUGCUUAACUAUAGGAAGCAGCAGCAGGACUAUGAAGACAGGCUGAAGAUUGAGAAGGCUGAGGCAGAGGAACGGAAGAAGAUGAGGGAGCUGGAGAGAGAAAUGGCUGGACUCGAGGGACCAGGGGAAGAUGAAAACGAUGAGAAGGGAGGCGAGCAGAACCCUUACAUGAAGAUGGCAAUGCAGUUUAUGCGAUCAGGUGCUCGGGUGAGGCGAGCACACAGCAAGCUGCCACAGUACAUGGAGAAGGGACUUGAUAUCAAGUUUAGUGAUGUUGCUGGUCUUGGGAAGAUAAAACUGGAACUUGAGGAGAUUGUCAAAUUCUUCACACUGGGGGAAGUUUAUAGGAGAAGAGGAGUCAAAAUUCCAGGGGGUAUACUUUUGUGCGGACCUCCUGGGGUGGGUAAAACUUUAUUGGCAAAGGCUGUUGCUGGUGAGGCAGGUGUUAAUUUUUUUUCAAUUUCAGCUUCACAAUUUGUGGAAAUAUAUGUUGGUGUUGGUGCAUCCCGUGUUCGUGCGCUUUACCAAGAAGCAAAAGACAAUGCUCCUUCUGUUGUGUUUAUUGAUGAGAUAGAUGCAGUUGGAAGAGAACGUGGCCUUAUCAAGGGCUCUGGUGGGCAAGAACGUGAUGCCACUCUUAAUCAGCUUCUUGUCUGCUUGGAUGGCUUUGAAGGACGUGGUGAUGUAAUCACGAUAGCCGCAACGAACAGACCUGAUAUUCUUGAUCCAGCUCUUGUGAGACCAGGACGAUUUGAUAGAAAAAUUUUCAUACCAAAGCCAAGUCUAAUUGGUCGCGUUGAGAUUCUGAAGGUUCAUGCACGUAAGAAGCCUAUGGCUGAUGAUGUGGAUUAUUUGGCUGUUGCUAGUGUGACUGACGGGAUGGUUGGUGCUGAGCUAGCUAACAUUAUUGAAAUUGCAGCCAUUAAUAUGAUGCGUGAUGGAAGAUCUGAGAUAACAACUGAUGACUUAUUACAAGCUGCACAAAUAGAAGAAAGGGGAAUGCUUGAUAGGAAGGAUAGGAGUCCAGAGAUGUGGAAACGGAUGGCUAUCAAUGAAGCAUCUAUGGCUGUUGUAGCUGUCAACUUUCCUGAUUUAAAAGACAUUGAGUUUAUAACUAUUGCACCUCGUGCUGGCAGAGAAUUAGGCUAUGUGCGAGCCAAAAUGGAUUACUUGAAAUUCACAACAGAAAUGCUUAGCCGACAAUCCCUACUUGAUCAUAUUACUGUUCAAUUAGCACCUCGUGCUGCAGAUGAAAUCUGGUAUGGUGAGGAUCAGCUGAGUACAAUUUGGGCUGCAACAGCAAACAAUGCCAGGUCAGCUGCCCGGCGCUUUGUUCUUGGUGGCCUUUCUGAAAAAUAUUACGGACUGUCUGACUUCUGGGUUGCUGAUCGUAUCAAAGAAAUUGACCUGGAGGCGCUGAGGGUACUGCACAAGUGUUACGAUAGAGCAAAAGAGAUACUGCGGCACAAUAAGGAGUUGAUGAAUGUGUUGACUGAUCGAUUAGUUGAGAAGAAAAGUGUCACCAAAAAGGAGUUCUUUAACCUUGUGGAGGAAUUUGGUCAUCUUGAGCCUAUGCCAGAAAAUAUUGUUGAUAUAAGGAAGGUCAAGCUCUCGCAGUUUCAAGAAAUGAUGAUUGCUGGAAGCGGUUCAACUCAUGGAAGUGUUGGGCGAUAGUCCUGAGUACCAAUAUUACUUCAUGCCAUUCAUACAAACAACUACAUUCUCCUAGCGAAUGCAAGGUUCGUGCUUGUUUCACCAUGGUUGAAGCAUCGACACCAUUAGUGUCACUAUCCUGAUGAUAUCGAAUCACUGGCACGACAGCUUGUGGCCGAUCAUUCGAAUAAAGAAUACUGAAUCUGAAGAUAAUUGUCCCUUUGAUUAUACUUAGCCGAGGUGAGAUUGAUCGGUAAGAUUUUAAUUGCAUUGUCUGAGAUACCCCAAAAGUAAUUGAACAGUGAAGUAAACCAAACGUGUGUAACAGGUAGAAUGAGUGGCUUCUUGCUCAAAUAUUUUGUACUGUAUUAAUAUGAAUUUUGUAGUUCAAUUCUUUUUUUUUGAUCAAUAAAUGCCUUUGUUAACUUAAA